AGCUCUGGACGUCUAAGCUCUCUAGGCGGAAUAAAUCUAAAAAUAAAAAAUAAAAAAAAGAGAAAGGAAAGACAAGACAUCCAGACGGGAAAAAAGUUGGAGAAGAGAGGAUAUUUACUGGAAUACAACCUGUUGCUGCUUUACUUUAUAUCUAAGCUGGCUGCUGUUUUUAAAAGAUUGGACACCAUGAGGAUUUUCCCCGUUGCGCUGCUGCUUGUUCACAGUCUGGUUAUGUCCAGACUGGCCAGUGGGGCUGCCGUGGACAGGUACGAAGGCGAGAGGCAGCGGCACACGUCUGUCUUCAACCUUAUGGAAACCACCAGGGACAACAGAGUGGAGGAGGAGCGGCACACAGGUGCCACAACAGUACAGCACGGCCAGGAAGGCCAGGAAGACGAGUAUGAUGACGAAUACUACUACGAUGAUGAGGCCGAGGAGGAAAUGUCUGGAGACUAUGACAUGGAUCUGCCACGAGUCGCGAUGUCAAGUAAACCCAAAGACCCUUCAUCUUUACUGGAGACCGAAAACAAAGAAACAACACAAAGAAAGGGAAAGGGGAGAAAGAAGGGGAAAGGCAAAGGAAAGAAGAGGAAUCCCUGCCUGAAAAAGUACAAGGACUUCUGCAUUCACGGCACCUGCCAGUACCUCAGGGAACUCCGUGCCCCGUCCUGUAUCUGCGAACCAGAUUACUCUGGUGAGAGGUGCCAGCUUUUUACGCUGCCUUCGCAUACCCCAGAGGGCUACAGCAGAACCACGGCCUUGGCGGUGAUUGCUGUGGUGCUUUCGUCCGUCUGCCUCACCAUCAUUGGCUUGCUAUUAAUGCUGAGAUUUCACAAGCGUGGAGCGUAUGAUGUAGAGAGUGAGGAAAAGGUCAAGUUAGGUCUUGCGUCCAGCAACUGAAAACACAAAUGGAGUCAUGAAUGCAAAAAUUCUACCUCAACUGGAAAAAAAAAAACAGAAGUGUACUGCGACAGGAGUUCCAGGAAGAAGGAUGAACGUACGUGGAGAUGAGAAACGCGCUCAGAGGGACGUUCAGUUUCAGAUCGACUGCGGCCGACUCGAUCGGCGUCCCCGCAGUCGUCCAGGAGAGUAGAAGGCUUCCACUGGGAAGCAAAUUACUUAACGGCCAAUAAGGAUGGAAUCGGCAGGAAGUAAAGAAAAAGGAGGGAUGAUGUUUAGACUCUGCUCUGCUUCUUGACUGUGUGAAAAGAAAAACCUUUUCGAGUGGAGCUGAAAAAAUGUUAAAACAGCAAGUAUAGCUAAAUCUGGACUCUAUUUCUCUCAUGAGAGAAGAUUUUGUAUUUUCCUGCAAAUCUCUUUUUCUGUACAGUAAACGUUAUAUUUAUAAGUUUAAUUUAUUUAUUUAAAUGUAUUUAUAGGGAUUGUAUUCCCUCUAGUAGUUUUUAAAAUUCUAAUGUUACAAUUCUUUUUAUAUUUGCUAUUGAACAAUAUUUAUAAAAACAACAGAAAAAGAAAAUCGCAAGAGCUCUUUGAUUGAAUCAGAUUUUUAUUUUUUUUCUUCUCCAUUUAUUCAGCUUUAUUUAAGAUAAACCCAUAAAUAAGUGAUCCAAAGAAGUACAGGUAACAAACACCAAAUAAAUGUUUAUUUUUUAAUUUAAAAAGAAAAUUCUGUUUAUUUUGUUAUGGUGUGAACGGCAUUCUGGAAGCUUCCAUCUCAUACCAGGUGGGCUGGAUUAUUAGGCAGGGAAACCAAUAGAUCUAGAAGGGUUUUGGGCCUUUGAUGAAUGGCACAUAAGAGUUAAAGAUUAGGGGGUGCACCUUUCCCUCACCCGUCUUUAUCCUGCAGGCUCAGGAAUCAUAAGGCCAGAAAAUAAAUCUUUGGUUUCUUAAAAACAGGUCAGUAAAGGUUUUUUAUUUUUUUUAAGACCUCUGCACCAACUUUUUGAAUGGGCUAGCUUCUUUUCUUUUAAAACAAUGAGAACAGAGUCCAGU